ACUCUUCAAACGCAAAGUCAAGAAUCCACAGAAAGCAACAGCUUGGGAGUGGUACAUUCUAAAACGCCCCCGAACACGCCUGACCCAAUCACCGCCCCCAACCCAGAAAACAUUGCAACAGGUUAUGGUGGACUUCUAAAAGAAAUGGAACCAGAGAAGUUCAACAGCACAUGCCUCCCCAAGUCCUACCACUCCCCCUGGGACCAGGCCAUCUACCUCCACGACCCCUCCCUGGCCAAUAGCCUUGCCACCCGCCUGCCAGAGCCAGAGGCCAAGCCUGAAGGACCAGGGUACAAGAGCUUCAACAGGUUGGCUACCCCAUUCGGUGGCAAGUCCACCAGACCGGCUCCGUUGUUCAAGGUCCCCGAGAUGGAACACAACCCCAUGCCAGAGCUGUACCCAGAGCCCUAGGUGGAGCCUGCGGUGCAGAGGCCCGCAUUCAACAGGGUAGCCUGCGGCUAGGCGGGGGCCAGCGCCUCCCUCAUCCUCCCCACAAUGCACCUGGAUCCCAUGUUUAUCCCAGAGUCUGAUGACCUUUGAACUUCUGACUGUUGCUCGGUCUUCUGAGACGCUGCCUGGUUUGCUAACCAAAAGUCCUUGCGCUGGGUUAGGGUCAGAAUAGAGUCAGAGUGAGGGAAGGAGGCAUUUUUGGUUUCCUGCUUAGGGCAAGUUAGCUACUUUUUUUGUGGCGAAAACAGAAGUUUCUCUGAUUGACUGAUUACAUUUACAUUUUAGUCAUUUAGCAGACGCUCUUAUCCAGAGCGACUUACAGG